AUGACAUACCUCGCACCAACAGUUACCUUGAACAAUGGAUCCAAGAUGCCGCUAGUCGGCUUGGGAUGCUGGAAAAUCCCAAACGAAGUGUGUGCCGAACAGGUGUACGAAGCCAUCAAGUUGGGCUACCGCUUGUUCGACGGCGCGCAGGACUACGCCAACGAAAAAGAGGUGGGCCAAGGUAUUAACAGAGCCAUCAAGGAAGGAAUCGUCAAGAGAGAAGACUUGGUCGUCGUUUCUAAGUUGUGGAACAGUUUCCACCACCCAGACAACGUGCGUACCGCAGUCGAAAGAACUUUGAACGACUUGCAAUUGGACUACUUGGACUUGUUCUACAUCCAUUUCCCAUUGGCUUUCAAGUUCGUGCCACUAGACGAAAAGUACCCUCCAGGUUUCUACACAGGUAAGGACAAUUUCGCCAAGGAAAUCAUCGAAGAGGAGCCUGUCCCAAUCUUGGACACCUACAGAGCCCUUGAGAAGUUGGUCGACGAAGGUUUGAUCAAAUCUUUGGGUAUCUCAAACUUUUCGGGUGCAUUGAUCCAGGACUUGUUGCGUGGCGCCCGUAUCAAGCCAGUCGCCUUGCAGAUCGAACACCACCCAUACUUGGUCCAGGACCGCUUGAUCACGUACGCCCAAAAGGUGGGCUUGCAAGUCGUCGCCUACUCCAGUUUCGGCCCACUAUCCUUUGUCGAGUUGAACAACGAAAAGGCCUUGCACACAAAGACUUUGUUCGAAAACGACACCAUCAAGGCCAUUGCUCAAAAACACAACGUCACCCCAUCCCACGUCUUGUUGAAGUGGUCCACCCAACGUGGUAUCGCCGUCAUUCCAAAGUCCUCCAAGAAGGAACGUCUCCUCGAGAACUUGAAGAUCGAAGAGACCUUUACCUUGUCCGACGAAGAGAUCAAGGAGAUCAACGGCUUGGACCAGGGAUUGAGAUUUAACGACCCAUGGGACUGGUUGGGCAACGAAUUCCCAACCUUUAUCUAA